AAAUUAAAGCCAUCACAAGUGCUGCUCCGAUAUCCUUCUAGGUGACACAUAGUUGACUCUGCGAAUAUCCAUCCAUCAUGUGCGGUGCAGAUAUCUUCUUGGCUGUUUUGGCAGUCUUUUUCCCGCCCAUUGCUGUAUGGAUCAAGGUCGGCCUUUGCACCGCUGACUCAAUCAUUAACAUCGCCUUGUGCUGUCUCGGAUACAUACCCGGACUCCUACACGCCUGGUAUAUCAUCAUGAAAUACCCAGAUGCUGAAGACUACCCAGAAGGCUAUGAACCAGUCGACGGUUCUGGAAGAGACGUCGAGAACGGCCGCCGCGUGACGUAUUAUUAUGUUAGCCACCAGGCUCCUGUUCCGCCGCGAUCUGAUAGAAGAUACGGUGCGACAGACAACAGCAACAGCAACACUCCGGCGCCACAGGUGCCGUCGCAAACAAGGUCAGGAAAUAGCAGUGUUGCGCCGGAUGCAUCGUCUAGUAGUGCGCAUCCUCCUACAUAUGCCGAGGCUGUUAAAGGCGACCACAAAGUGCAAACCCAAGAUUAAGCGGAUUUUGAACGAGAUUAGUCUCUAGGAUACAUGUGCUCUUGGGUAUAGGUCUGAAAUACAGCACCUGAGAAGCCUCAUCGGCUUGGUUUAUGGUUUCAGAUGCUGGCGCUAUCAUCAAAGAGAGUGGCAAUGCCGUCAUUGCGUGUAUAAUGACUAUGAAUGGAUGGAACUAGCUCCUUGGCGUAAAUACGGUUGGUGAGAGGGGAUUUAUGGUUUAUUUCUACGUUUCUCGACGAUAUAACGAUCAAUUCACUUCUUGACUCUCAUGUAGCUGUAGCGAGAUUAAUGAAUUUCAUGAAGUUACCCAAUCACAUGACGAUAUC